AUGCCUCAGGCUUACCAGGAUGAGCACCACCAUGCCCAGGCGCUCGACUCGUCCAUCGUCCCCGCCACGAAGGGCAAUCGUUACCAGAACUCGAGGGCUUAUCUGAUGGCCUUCAUUGGCUUCAUGGGCAUUUUCCUUUUCGGCUACGACACUGGUCUCGGUGGCGGCGUGUUGGCGCUCCCCACUUUCCAGAGCGAGUUCGGUCUGAUCGAUGACAAGGGCGUUGCGGUUCCCAACCUCUCUGCUCUUCAAGGCAACAUCGUCUCCGUCCUCCAGGGUGGUGCUUUCUUCGGCGCAAUCUUUGGUGCCCCCAUCGAGGACAAGCUCGGCCGUAAGAUUGGUCUCAUGAUCGGCUGUGGCGUCUUCAUCAUUGGCGGUGUUAUCCAGACCGCUUGCUUCGGCUCGCUCGACCAGUUUUACGUCGGUCGUGUCAUCGCCGGCGUGGGUGUCGGUCUCAUGUCCAUGAUCUGCCCCACGUAUGCUUCGGAAAUCGCUCCUAAGGAGAUCCGUGGUCGCAUCACCGGUCUGUUCCAGAUUGUUGUUGUCGUCGGUGUCGCCUUCUCGUUCUGGAUCAACUACGGUGUGUCGUUCAUGACCGCGGCCGACGGUGCCAAGCAGUGGCGUAUCCCCAUCGGUUUCCAGAUUGUUCCCGUCGGUAUCAUGAUGAUACUCCUUCCCUUCCUCAAGGAGUCGCCCCGUUGGCUCGCCACCAAGCACCAGGAGGAGAAGGCUCUCGAGAACCUCGCCUGGAUCCGCAAGGUCUCUGUCAACGACCAGAACCUCCAGCUUGAGUUUGCCGAGAUCCAGGCCGCCAUCAGGGAGGAGGAGGAGCAGACCAAGGGUGCCUCGUGGCGCGAGAUCUUCGCCAAGGGCAACCCCGUUCGCUUCGUCAUCGCCUUUGUCGUCUUCACCCUUCAGCAGUGGUCGGGCCAGAACUCGAUCUCCUACUACGCCCCCAUCAUCUUCAAGGCUAUCGGUAUUACCGGCUCGCACACCAGUCUCCUCGCCUCGGGUAUCUACGGUAUCGUCAAGAUUGUCGCCACCUCGGUCUUCAUCGCGUUCGGUGUUGAGCGUUUCGGUCGCAAGCUUCCGCUGCAAGUCGGCGUUCUCCUCAUGUCGAUCUGCCUCUGGAUUAUCGGCGCCAUCAUGUUCACCCACGUCGUUUACAGCGAGACGACCCAUACCUGGGGCAUCCCCGUCACCGGAACCACUGCCCCAUCGUCCAUCGGCAUGGCUGUCAUGAUCUACCUCUUCGUUAUCCCGUACUGCUUCAGCGUGGGGCCCCUCCCCUGGGUCGUCUGUUCGGAGAUCUUCAACAAUAGGACGCGCCACUACGGCCUCAUGACCGCUGCUGCCACCCAGUGGCUGCACAACUUCGCCGUUUCGAUGGCCACCCCUACUAUGGUCACCAAGCUCGACAAGGGCGGCAUCUUCUUCUUCUUCGCGACCAUUAACAUCAUCUCCCUCGUCCUGACCACCCUCUUCCUCCCGGAGACCAAGGGUAUCUCGCUCGAGGCGAUGGACGUCCUCUUCGGCUCGACCACCGCCGAGGAGCGUGAGCAGGCCAUUCUCAACCGCGCCAAGAUCAACCACGUCGAGGAGAAGCAGGAGGUUGGCCACGUUGAGGACUCCAAGAGGUCCACCGACCAGAUUGUCUAA